AUAGUGAAGUUCGCGCGACUGGCCUGAUGAUGGCUCUUCGGAGUGUUAUUUCUUCUCGUAUUCCAAUGGUGAUAAUUUUAGGUGCAACUGGUACCGGAAAAACUAAGUUAAGUGUGGAACUGGCUCAAAAAUUUGGUACGGAGAUCAUCAGCGCUGAUUCCAUGCAGAUAUACAAAGGAUUAGACGUGGUGACGGCCAAGGCGAGCGUGCAGGAACGGGAGACGGUGAAGCAUCAUCUCCUUGACAUCCUGGAGCCGCACCAGAUGUUCACAGUCGUCGACUUCAGGAAUAGAGCCCUCAAGAUUAUUGACAAUUUGACAGAACAGGGCAAAAUACCUGUAAUAGUGGGCGGUACUCAUUAUUACAUAGAAUCUAUCGUGUACAAGAUACUUGUCGAAGAUACGGACGACACAGAAGUUUUGCUUUGGGAUAAAAGUAGAAAAAGAGAUUUUGAUUCAAAAGAUAAUGAUGAAAUCAAAAGAAAGAAGACAGCGACAGAUGAUGAUGUAAAAAGAGAAGAUGAACUAUCAAAAAGUAUUGCUAAAAAUCAAUCAGUAUUGGAAGAGCAAGGAACGAGUAGAGAAGGAAGCGGAGAAGAUAGAGAAAUUGUUAAAGCGGAGCUACAAAAAUUUUUUGACAAUGAAAAUCAAUUUUCGAACGAAGAAAUACAUGCGAAGUUGCAUUCUGUUGAUCCUGUGAUGGCAGCUCAACUGCAUCCUAACAAUAGGAGGAAAGUAUUAAGGUCCAUGGAGGUAUUCCUGAAGAGCGGUCGACUCCACAGCGACAUCUUGGCUGAGCAGAAACUGAGCGAAGGAGAGCUCAGGAGACCAGGGUCCACCGUCAUAUUGUGGCUCAAGUGCGAACAGUCGGUCCUCGACAAGCGGCUCGACGCUAGGGUUGACGCCAUGUUGGAGGAGGGCCUCAUCAGGGAACUCUUGGACUUCCACGACAGGCACAACAAGCACAGGAUACAGGAUGGCAUGGCCGCAGACUACACAAAAGGCGUCUUCCAAACGCUUGGCUUCAAAGAGUUCCACAAAUACCUGAUAUUGACGGAGGACCAGAGACAAUCCGAAGACGGGAAGAAACUCCUCCAGCUGAGCAUAGACAAUAUGAAAGCGGCGACCAGGCGGUACGCGCGCCGCCAGAACAAAAUUGUCAGAGGGAGAUUUUUACAACAUCCCUUCAGACAGAUUCCCCCUGUGUAUGAAUUAGACACUACGGACAUCACAUCGUGGGAAGAAAACGUGAAAAAUAAAGCGGAAACGAUUAUUUCUAGUUUUCUAAAUGAGACUCCGUGCGACUAUGAACCGCUAAAAUUAAAAAUAGACGAAGAAAAAAAGAAUAUUGACGGCAAAUCUUAUAAUUAUUGCGAAAUUUGUUCAAGGCUCAUUAUAGGAGAUAAAACAUAUGAAAUUCAUUUGAAAUCAAACAGGCAUAUGAAAGUUUUGAAAAAGAAGACAAAUAAUAUAAAUCAACAAGAACCAACAACGUGAACAAGUUUCUUAGUUAUAAAAACAUAUAAAAUGAAUUGACAUUGUGUUUAAAGCAAAUUUCUGUUGUAUCGUAUAACGUAAAAAAUAGUUGUGACAUCAAGUGACAGAUUCUUUGUAUGUUGGUUCGGUGGAAGAUUGGGUAGUAAGAAGUUACUAGUACAUAAGUAGAAUUGUAUUUGAGAAGAAUAAAGAAGUUUUAAUUA